AUGGCUCAGUGGUUAUUAUCAUCAUCAUCCCUUGUCAUUGCACUGACAUUCACAAGCCUUUUCACCGGUCUAUCUGCUGGUCGAAAUCUUCUCCAAUCAACACCAGCGACUCAACCACCGGUUACAGCAACGUUCCCACCUCUUCCCAAACCCACAAUGCCACCAUUUCCUCCUUCUUCUCUUCCUCAACCCACGGCGUUUCCACCAUUGCCGACCACACCAAUACCUUCUUUGCCUAACCCAACACAGCCCAUUAAUAUCCCAAACUUCCCACAAUUCACCAUCCCUAAUUUCAACAUUCCAAACAACUUCCCAUUCAAUAUUCCCACCAGCAUUCCUACCAUCCCAUUCUUCACUCCACCACCUUCCAAAUGA